AUGGCUUCCCGCCUCCUCUCACGCGCCCCGGCGCUCGUCACCCGCAAUGUCGCAAGUUCACCUACACUCCGUACACCUUUGCGCAGCUUUCAGACGACGGCGAGAUUGAUGGAAACACCUACCGGCGCAUUGCCGGUCAGGAAACCGGUAGGAGCUUUUAGGGGAGGGCUUUUCGGAUUCCUCCUCGGCACGACGUCCGCCGGCGCAGCAAUGUACUACUAUGUCCUCGACGAAUACCGGGUCUCGAAUGAGCUUCUGACGCAAGACAUCUAUGUACGCCCCAUCCCUGCUCCUACAAUUGAACAGGCUCGGAACAACUUCCCGCAUACCCUGCAAACAACGGUGCAGCGGAUAGAGAGCUACGUCAAGGUUCUGGAAGACAAAUUCGAGACCAUGUCGAAGAAGAAGUAG